GGGGUCAUUUUUCAAAAUACGAGUUUUAUAUUUGCUUAGGCAUUAUGGCGUCUACACCAACACUUUAAAAUACCACCGGUCGUAAAGCCUCAACUUCACAUGGGCUGACCCAGAAUUAGUUUCCUUCAUGUACAUUUGACAUUUCUAACCAAGGUGUGUAAUUGUUGAGAGGUACGCCCCGACAAACUCUGAAGAUGACCAGUCACUAUAGUUCAAACAUGGAUUCCAAAAAAUCGGACAAGAAUCACCUAGAAAACCUCAGCAAAGCUUUAAACAAAGCGAGGGAGUAUAUCAUUCUUCUUCUUACCUACUUCUUAUAUAAAAUCGCGCGUUCGAUUGUUACAACUAUGCAGAAAUUUACUUGGGCAGUGACAGGAGUCGAACGCACGCGGAAGGAUGCAAAAAGUGGAAUCCAGUUCAAGCAUAGUGCGCACGUGCAUAAUGUGUUAUGGCGGCGAAAACUUAUUAUGUCGUCUGUAUCGGAACCUUCGGAUUUCAUUUUAACUCACAAGUUUUUUAAACAUCCCAAUUAUGUAUUGAAGCCCAACAUUUCAUUGUACUGUAUAACUAAAGAGGAGGCAUUUUUUGUCGAGAUACCAGAGGAUGUUAAUCUUUAUAAGCAAUUUGACACUAGAUCUUUCUAUAUGAAGCAGUUCGAAAAAGCUCAUAGUGUUAUAAGCAUGCCUUUAGCAUCAUUUCAUAAAAUUGCCCAAGACAUUGGCCGUCCAAAAGUACCCAUAAUCUGGAUGUCCUCUACCGGAAGCUGUGGGGCUGCACUGUUAAGUCGAGUGUUUGGACAGCUUCCAGGAAUGGCCGUCAUCUGUGACCCAGAUGCUUUAACUAGUCUUGCAUUCUUGAAAAAGUCAAACAAAUUUGGGAAAGGUGAAUACGAACAAUUAUUACCCAGCGCACUGAGACUACUGUGUAAACAGGACGACCGUGCAAAAAUGUUCUUUGUGAAAACGAGGCCCUGCAGUACUUGUCAAAUGGCGGAUGUCUAUAAAUGCUUCCCACAGAUUUAUCAGCUUUAUAUUUAUCGCAAUAGCUUUAAGACUGUGACAUCUCACCUCAACAUAUUUACAAAGGAACCAAUAUCAAUUGUAGGCAAGUAUAUCAUUGACAGUAAAGUAUUGUCAGCCGUCUUGCCCUGCUUUCGAAGAUCUCUGUAUCAUAAUUAUUGUUAUGUACUGGAAAGAACGGAUUCUACUGAAAACGGAAGAGAUCUUACAAGUGUUGGAAUAUUUGCUACUUCUUGGGCAGCAAAUAUAUCACAAUGUCUAGAUCACGUGGAUGCCGGGGUACCAAUUAUUGCAAUCAUGUUCGAAGAAAUGAUGAAAAAUCCACGAAAAAUUCUCUCAAUCCUAUUUGAUGUCUUGGAACUGAGGCAGGAGUAUAUGUCAGACGCCAUGGAGGGAUUUCGAGUUGAUCCAUGUAAUAACAAUGUAGCCGGCGGACUUGGUUUGAAUGAGACCAGACGCACAGUGUCUCAUCAAGCACGGCUAGAGGCUGACGCCGUACUGAAAAAGCAUGGACUACCUAAGCUUGGAGAGAGAUUUGAAAUCCCUGGACUCCUGGACUUUGAAACAACAAAAUUCAGAGGAAUAAACACAAAGGAAAGAUAUUACUAGCUCAUUCCCGAUAUUAUUUUAUUUCGAAGAAUUUGUUUUUGGCAUUAAGUUCUAUGUAUUUUUGCAAUAAAUAAAUUGUCUUUUCUUUGCAUCAUA